GGUCCGUGUUUAAACUCGCAUUUCUGCCUUCCUUUGCUCGAGAAACUCUUCUUGGCACCGGUUCAAAAACUUUAACUCGCGUGUCCAGAACACCUCUCUGCUGUUUGUGUCAAUUCCUGCCGUAUAUUUUAUAUUCGAGGGAUCUGGUCAACCCGUUUUUCAACUGUGCGUCAUAACAAGGAACGGACGGACUCUCCACAAACUUCGUUUUGGAGCUAAAACGUCAGGACAGACAGAGCUCAGAGGGAGAAAAGCAGCAACUGGGAGUACAUUGACAACAUCUCUUGAAUGGUACUGGCAUACUGAAGCAGAGGGGACUGUUACUGCAAAGGAUACCAAAAUCUUACCUCAUCCUUAAGCAGCCAUGGUGUGUCUACUCAUAUCCAUAACAGUGCUGCAUCUGGUAACCUUGGCCAUGCUUUACAUCGCCACCCUGGAGAAGUCCUGGUGGGUGUGGGCCGAUAUGGAUAUCUCAGACCUCUGGUAUAACUGCUUUCAUGAUAAUGCCACAAAAACCUGGAUUUGUGCAGCUACAGAUGAAAGCGACUGGUUGCAGUCUGUCCAGGCCCUCAUGAUCCUCUCCAUGGUCUUCUCUUCCAUCUCCUUCCUGGCUUUUCUGGGUCAGCUAUGCAUCAUGUCGAAAGGAAGUCUUUUCUACUUCACAGGCCUCUGCCAGGCCUUUGCAGGUUUCACAGUCUUUGCUGCUUGCCUCAUCUUCACCUUCCACAGAAAAGAGAUCUUAAAAGGCACCAGAGACCUGAGCAAAGGACACUUUGGCUACUGUUUCAUCCUGGCAUGGCUGUGUGUCCCCCUCCUCCUGAUUAGUGCAGUCCUGUACGUCCACCUGCGUAAGAAGCAGUAAGCAAAGAAACAGAAAGGAGGAGAGAAAGGCUUAAUGACCACGUUUACAUGGUAGACUAUUUCUUCUGGUCUCAAGCUCGAGGUGUGAAGUUUAAAUGCUGCCAUGAUGUCAUGCAGUAUGCUCAUUUUUAAAAUGAGGCAUCUGCCUUACUUUAAUCAUUUCACUACUUCUGGAUCAACCAGCAACUGAUUAUAAAAUGAAUUCAUGUUACAGCUUACGUCAGAACCCCAAAAAAUCCCAAUACACAUUUUUUUUAAUCGAAUUUUAACUCCAUUACCAACCAUUUAAAUCAAGAUUUAGUCCAUUGGUGUUCUUUAAUUCUCACAUAUCAUGGAUCAAUGAGGAUAACUCACUCGUUUUUUCAUUAAAUUUAAUGUAGAUUUUUAAAUCUACAUUGGAAAGCCCUAAUUAUAACUACAAUAGUUUUACAUGAUAUAGAUUUUUGUUAAUUUUAUUUAACAUUUAGAUUUUUUGUUGAUGAAUUAACACGAGACACCUCUUCGGUCAUAUGCUGCCCAGAUUUUUAUAAUGCAUUUAGCUGGUUUGGAAGGCAAAUAUUGCCUAAAAUAGACUUAAAGUAGAAAAGGGUCAAUUUGACCCCCAACAUAACAGGAGGGUUAAUGACUUUAAGCUAGCAUAUGAAUUUGAUAUUGAUAGUGACAGCGGAGGCAAGAAUUUCUUGAUAAUAGUCAUGCUAGCAAGGAAGUGAUUCAAUACCAAAAUAACAAUGUUAAAAUAUUUUAGCUUACAGUGGGAAAAGGUUGAAUUUCUAGCUAACACUGCUAGAAAUUAACAGAGCUUAUUUGAAUUCUAAAAUAACAGUUCAAAAAGUAUUUUAUCCCCCCACAGGAAAGGUGUACUUGUCCAGCUAACCUAAAAGUCAAGCUUAGAUUUGGUUGAAUGCUAACAUUUGCUGUAUGUAUGAAGCUAAUAGGUGAAUAAAUAAAACCUAAAAUGAAGUCUAAGUCUUAUGUUUUUACUGAAAAUGAUCCUUUUAGUUGCUUAUUUCUCAACUGAAAUGAUGAUGUUUUUAGAACUUUUUUCAAUCAUACAAAAUGUACAUCCUUAAACCAGUGUGAUAUAAAAGGCAUUUCAGUUUUCCACCUUGAGUGUGAUCAGAGAAUAAUGCCUGCCAUGUGAAUUAGUUAAAUGUAGAGAGUGAUAUGCUCUCAUCUUCCCAGUCAACAGAAAGCCCACAAGAGGACACAGGAUGACUGAGAAUGAAAUAUCUCUUUGAAAAAAUACAAAUCUGUUUUCUUUCUGACUCUAGUUCCACCCUACAUUGCUACAUGGUAUACAGGACAUUAUCUCAUCUUCAUGGCAUCUCUAUCUGUGAGACAGUUGUCACUCAAGAUCAGAGCAAGAUAACUGAAGGUUAUUCAAAUACAAAGUGUAUGUGUUAACAUGAGUGAUUCCUUUAGUGCUUAACAAGUCAUUGUGAUUAUAGAAGUACUGUGCAAUGUGACAAUAAAAUUAUCCUAUUUUGUAAAUUU